UAAACCAGAUGGUCUCUCAGUUAGCUGGUAACGGUUAGCCAUGGUGCUAAGUCAAAUGGAGAGUUUUGCCUCUGCCUUAUCGAAAAUAUAUAUAAUGCGGAACUGACUCUACUGCACCUUAAAGGGAGAAAGAUCUCAGGCUGAUGUGUGACUCGGUGGUUUUCCAUACACUGUGACCCAGACUUACCCUCAAGUACACAGUAGAUUCACAUGCACAGACUUCUGCUGACCCCCACACUCCAGUCUUACAAAAUCCAAAUACUGCAUGCACACAACCUCCAACACACACUGACUAACAACAGCAAACACAGUUGCAGACCUAUUCCGCAGCUUACCACAAACACAGUUACUGGAAUCAUAAUACACAUAUCACCACCCCUCUCCUUCUACCUCUUCUGCUUUCGCCCGCUCCUCCCCUCUGCAUACCUCUAGAGCAGCACAAAAAUUCUCUGCUCUUCCUAAGUUUUGAAUUUGUGCAAGCCACAGUGAGGAACACCACUUCUCUCCCGCUGAGCUACUGAGUCAUGCACAUUGGUCACAAAGGAUAAAAUGUAUGGAAUAUAUUUAUACCAUAUCAGCUUUUUGGACACAUUAAUCUCAUAAGAAUGAGGAUUCCUGCCUCCUCCUCAAUUAUUUGCAGUUAUUUGGCUUUAAACCCAGAACGUUCUGACAAGCAGAGAUGCUCGCUAAAUAAUCUUUUUGGAUAUCUUGGGCUCCUCCUAAACAGUGAGUGAUCAAGAUGAAAACCAUGAACAUUACAUGUUCUGUUAUCGUAUUAUAACAUAGUAAGGUGUACUUAAAUAUAAAGGAAUAUAGUACCAAUAAGUGAUAUUCAAUGAUAUAUACCAACCAUCCAGAAAAAUAAAUGGUUCCUCUGAAGUUAAACCAGACUGUAAUGGGAGGAGAAGCAGAGGCGAGGGAGGCUUCUGGCCCUCUGGAGGAGAGAAAACCUAAAGAAGAAGCAGAGGAGAGUGAGAGGGAGGUGGAGGAGGAGGGCAGAGGUGUACGGAUCCCUCUGCAUCGCUGGGUAAUGCACGGGGCAGUGAUGUUUGGACGUGAGUUCUGCUACGCCAUGGAAACAGCCCUGGUGACGCCAGUGCUGCUGCAGAUAGGCCUUCCUAGGCAAUAUUACAGUUUAACCUGGUUCCUCAGCCCCGUUCUUGGUCUCCUCUUCACGCCCGUGAUCGGCUCAGCCAGUGACCGAUGUACUCUGCGAUGGGGUCGGAGAAGACCAUUCAUUCUGGCCCUGUGUGUGGGUGUACUGCUGGGACUGGCGCUUUUUUUAAAUGGAUCAUUGAUAGGCCUUUCCAUUGGUGUUGGCCCCACCAGCAAUACAGCCGGCAUCGUCCUCACUGUAUUAGGUGUGGUGGUGCUGGACUUCUGUGCUGAUGCCUCUGAGGGACCAAUCAGAGCUUACCUUCUUGAUGUUGCUGACACUGAGGAACAAGAUAUGGCCCUGAAUAUUCAUGCCUUCUCUGCUGGGGUCGGUGGAGCAGUGGGCUACAUGUUAGGUGGUCUAGACUGGACUGGCACGGCUCUGGGCCAAGCAUUUAAAUCACAGGAACAGGUCCUUUUUUUGUUUGCGGGCAUCAUCUUUAUUAUCUCUGUCACACUGCACAUGCUCAGUAUCCCUGAGCGACCUUUCGCUCCAGCCAACAUGUUUAAAGUCACAGGAAGUGGGGAGUCUACCAGCCAGUUGUCUUUCAGGCCUGUUGGCCACAUCCCACCUUUACUUGAUGUGAUUGCAGAAGAGGAUGCUUCUACUCAAGCCCCAUCCCGAGAGGACAAUGAAUCAGAUUCCGAGGAAAGGGAACUGGACUUCCUUGCUGUGGAGCGAGUGCGGAGUAAAAGCGAUUCAGUCUUAGCCAUGCCAGAUGCCACGAUCGAGUUGGAUCCUGACCUCGACCCAGAUGGACAACUUUUCCUGCCAGAGAUGCAUCACUUUCUACCACAGACACAGGGCGAGCUGGAAGAUGCUUUCAAGCCAUCGGAUCACAGUAUUGGGUCCUCGUCUUCUCCUGCUGGACCACACACCCUUACUGAUGGGAUGGUCUUAGAGCCUAAAAAUCCAGUUUUGCCUGAGCAUAAGGAUCCAAAAAACUGUCCUUUUUCUCUCCUUCAAAUCAAUUCUGGCUCAGAAGACUCACAUCUGAGACAGUCCCAGCAGGUCAAGGCUGCCAAUGGUGUCAAUGCUUGCUUGUCCUCUUCUGAUCACUCCAAUGCAAUGAAAGGCCAUGCUUCCACUAAGCUCGGAAACCGCCCCUCCAGCACCUCAGUGUCAUCACGGCCACACCCACACACCUUCUACCGACAACCUUCCUUUACUUUCUCAUACUACGGACGGGUAGGAUCACAGCGCUAUCGACUGCGACAGACAGCACCUUUGAGCCCUCGGCCAAUAACCACCUCCCGCAGUCUGAAUGAUCUGAGUGACCUCCAGCUGUGUGCAGACAGGCGGGAGUUACAGCUGUCAGCCAGCAGUCUGUCAUCUGAGGGCUCAAGCAGUGAGGGAGGACCCGAAAGGGGUACAACUGUUCAACUGCUGUGGUUGUCCAUGUUGAAGAUGCCGAGGCAGCUUUGGAGAUUGUGUGUGUGUCACCUCCUCACAUGGUUCUCCAUUAUAGCUGAAGCUGUGUUUUAUACUGAUUUCAUGGGGCAAGUCAUUUUUCGUGGAGACCCCAUGGCACCAGCCAAUUCCACAGAGCUACAAAACUAUCACAGAGGAGUACAGAUGGGCUGCUGGGGACUGGUGGUCUACGCUGCUACUGCUGCUGUCUGCUCUGCCAUCCUUCAGAAGUACCUGGAUAAUUUUGAUCUGAGCAUUAAGGUCAUCUACAUCGUUGGAACUCUGGGAUUCUCAAUAGGAACUGCAGUCAUGGCGAUCUUCCCUAAUGUUUAUGUUGCCAUGGUGAUGAUCAGUAGCAUGGGCAUCAUCUCCAUGAGUAUCUCUUACUGUCCCUAUGCAUUACUCGGGCAGUACCAUGAAAUCAAAGAGUACAUUCACCACAGUCCAGCAAACACUCGAAGAGGUUUCGGUAUUGACUGCGCCAUCUUAACCUGUCAGGUCUAUAUCAGCCAGAUUUUGGUGGCAUCAGCUCUGGGAGCUGUGAUAGAGGCAUUUGGCAGCGUGCGUGUCAUUCCUGUAGUGGCCUCUGUAGGCUCCUUCCUUGGCUUCCUUACUGCCUGUUUCCUUGUCAUUUAUCCUGAUGUGGAGCCCAGCAGCUCAGAGCAGGACCAGGGCUUGGUGGAUUUGUCUGGAGAUUCAGACCAGAAUGAAGAAAGGACAAGUGACCAGAGACUGGCUCUGCUGAGCCUCACAGACAGAGACAGUUUGAAGAAGACAGAGAAUCACUCUGUUGCCUAAGCAUGAACACGGGAAUAAUGGUUAAGGUUUAUCCUCAUCAAGUACAAGCCACAACAUGCGAGGAUUAUACCAAACACAUCUGAUUCACAUUUUUGACGGUCUGUGCUUUUCUGAAAGAGGGAAAACAUGGAAGAAAGUUGACGUUCCAUUUACAGAAAUCUGAGUGUAAUGGAUUUGGAUAGAUAUCGUCUUGGAGUAGAGGACUGACAAGAAGUAACUUGCUCAGCUUUGGGCGGCUCUGCUUGUCCUGUUGCUACCUCAACCCUAUUAAAAAUAAAUGUUUGGAUGAAUAGAAGUAAGCCAUUAAAACAUAGAGACCCACAAGACAGUGAUGAAACUAACUUAGCUCAGACUACUGAAGCAAACAAACUUCUUUAUUGCGAAAACGUAAAUGGGAAACACACAGGGCACUUUCUCUCUCACUUCUGUACAGUACCGUCACACUGAUGCUGCCCAAUGACGUAAUUUGUGACAUUUUAGUUCACGGAAGCUGCUCUGUUACUGCUUAAUGGACAAUCAUAAUGCUGUAAAAUUGUUACUUUGUUUUCCUCCACAUUACGUAGACUGAAUACAAUGUAAGUAUUUGUUCCAGUCUGUUAAGACGAUACCUUGAAAUGACAUUGUUAUUUUAUAAAUUCCGCAAAGUUUUCAAACGACAGUUAUAACCUUCUACAUGUUGUAGACAUACACAAAACAGUGUUUAAUUUCAUACACUUUUUUAUUCACAUGUAUGGUGUUGGAACUUGUUAACAUAGCAAUCUAGUGUUCAUUUAAAAGUGCUCUUUUAUGAUAUGUUUUAUGUUUCUUGCCUAUACAGAAACACUAAAAUUCUGAAUGCCACAUUCUCCAUUGAAUCAUAAUGUAAUUAAGAGAGUAAGCCACUAGCUGUGAAAAAAAAAUUUUUUUUGGUGCAGCAGUUGACAGAUGAUAGUUUUUGCAUUGCAAUUACUGGGAAUUUACACUGUAAAUUGUAGUUUUAUCAUGGUCUCUCAAAUUGACCUCAAGUGGAUUUGGGUUUCAGUGUGAUUCUACUGCAGGGUGGCAUUAAUUUUGCUUUCUAUCGAAAAAUUUAAAAAGUGUUUUGACAUACACAUUCCAAAUACAGUUGAAAUGGAAAAAUAGCUCAUGAUGAGCUUAUGUUCAUCAUGGCACAUUUGUCAUAUACAGUCUUUAAAAAAAUGAUUGGAUAGAAAUUCCCAGGCAUUGGUAAAGGGAUUUGUAUUGGAAGCUUUGCUUUACAUAUUAGGUUAGUGUGCCUUUCUGAUCAUUUGACGGCUGUAAAACUCUGCCCUGCUCUUCAGAAAGGAUAAAUAGGAACACACAUGGCUCGCAUACUGCCGGCUUCCUUUUACCUCAGAAUAACAAACAUGAAAGGUAGCAGAGAGUCUGCUGGGGGUAUCGUGUGUUUUUAGCAUAGACUCUACCACACUUUAACACACAUUCAGUGUCGCAAACCUAGUGUAAUAAGCUGCAGACUUAUGUACAAUCUUACCUGAGCAGCCUAGUCUCUACUCUCUGAGGACUCGUCUUCAGUAGAACCUUACUAGUGUUGAAUAUGAGAGUUGGUGUAAAUGCCAAGAGCAGCCUUAAGCUCACUGAUGAGGGCAUUAUUUGUUUAAUUUUGGAGGUCAAAUGUCACAUGGUCUGAAACUGUUCCAGAGACCUAUAAUGCUGCAUAUUGAAUGGUAGAGAGGACCACUUCUAUGUAAGGCCAACGACUGAUCUAUGCAGACUUGAAAUUUCCUUGGUUAGGGUGUCAUGACCAAAUGAACCUUGAAGACAAGCACAGGACCCGCUCAGUCUUCUUUCCUCCUCAAAGGAUUGUUCAAAUCAGAGGAGACUAUCUCACAAGUGAAACAACUGUGAAAACAUUGCAGAGAUUCUUAUAUUUCUGACCUGACUGAGAGAAAGAUGUUUAUUAUCAUUACACCCUUGAGAGACUUCUUUACUGUGUUUAUCAGUAUUUGGGCAAUGCUAACAGUAUUCAUUGGACCUUGUAUCCUGCUAACUAUGCCACCGCUUUGCCUGUCAUGACAGAAAAAGUGUCUUUUAUGGUGUGUUUGCUGUCAUUUAGGAUUGAAGGCCUCAAGAUUUACUACAAAGGGAACAUUCUCAUUCUGUGGCUUUUUGCAUCAAAGGGAAAGUGUUGAGAAUUAAUACAAAGUAAUAUAAUCAGUCACUCAUUUCUUUUUGUAAAUAAUGCAGAGACUCUGCGAGUGUGUGUGACAUGGGGUGUGUGCCAUUGUGUUUGUAGGGCUGGUUUUUAAAAGCACCUUCUGACAAGAGGUAAGGGUAUACAGUUUUGUUAGUGUUAGGAAUUCAUUUUUGCUAACAUUAUGUUUUUCAACCAUUUUGAGGUACUCCUCCAGAAAGUCUUUCCAGUUGCAUUAUGACAAGUCACUGUAAAUUGAAACACUACAGGUACACAUUCAAACUUUGUUUUUCACUUUUUUAAGAUAAAGUUUUCCCUGCAGCUUCAAUUUCUGUUACAAAUAAUUAGUUUCCUAAGUUUGUUUCAAUGAUUAACAUCAGCUGGUCUAAAUGUUUCCGAGAUGUUCCCAUCUCACCAAUAAGCUCUGUCUGGUGGAGACACUCCAUUUUUCAUGCCAAACUACUGAACUACGAAAAAGAAUUUCUUGGAACCCGCCCCUCGCUUAUUCAAAUUGUUUAGAUUUUGUACAAAUGUUAAGAAUUUUGGGAUGAUAGUCUAUGUUUUGGUUUGAAAGUCAAUCACUGGUGUGUCUUAAAAUUGAUUUUUGGCUCUUUUUAAUGCUGUACAGACUUUUGUACAAUUAAAAAUGGUAUUUUUGUACCAAUUAUUUGAAAAAAGACAAUGAAUG